UGUAUCAGGGACGCCCGCCAGUAGGGGGCGGGGUGAGGAACCAGUUGGGAAGAAUAUGUUCCUGAACGAGCCACUCGCCGUUGUGUGCCAAGUUUGCAAGGAUACGACCGUUGCUAGAGGGGGGGAAAGGCCACCGUGAUCAGCGUAUUGAGAUUACCGCCAGUACACACGGCGAAUACAAAUGAAAGAGAGUCGCGCGGGGAGUUACUCUGCAGCCUGCAAUCCUCACUAUUCGCCUUCCAUCGCCUUACCAUCAGUCGUUCAACUCUCCACCCGCGCAAGAUGAAGGUCCAAUCGAUUCUCCCAUUCGCCGCGGUGUUUGGCGCCGUUCUUGCCGCACCAGCACUAGUCGCUCAGGAAGAGGGAGUCAGCUUCCCGGUCACAGAUGUCAUUGACACCGGUCUCACCAUCAGCGAGUACGCUGAGACACUCGAAGCUGGUAAGGUACCUGAGAAGGUCGACACUGCAACAAGACUGUCCAAGCGCCAAUACACCGGCGAUACCUACAACCAGCUCACCGAUGGUACCGCCUGCCGCGCUGUCACCGUCAUCUAUGCUCGCGGUACUACUCAAGAUGGCAAUGUCGGGUCUGCUGACAGUGAGGGCCCAACAUUCUUCAACGCCCUAGCCAGCCGUCUGGGUGGAACCAGCCAGCUCGCGAUCCAGGGCGUCACCUACUCCGCGAGCAUCCUUGGCUUCCUCGCUGGAGGUGAUGCUGCAGGCGGAACCACCAUGUUCAACUUGAUCAACCAGGCUAUCACCAAGUGCCCGUCCACGAAGAUCGUGAUUUCUGGGUACAGCCAGGGUGCUCAGCUCGUACACACUGCCACUCAAAGGCUUACAGCUGAGGCUGCUGCUAAGGUUAGCGCCGUUGUUACAUUCGGCGAUGCAGACCGCGAUGAGUCGUUCGGCAGCGUCGCUAGCUCCAAGGUUCUUAUCAUCUGCCAUGAGGGUGACAAUAUCUGCGAUAACGGCAUCAUCAUCACCCCUGAGCACAGGAACUAUGAGAUCGAUGCUCCUGCUGCUGCUGCUUUCGUGGCGGGCAAGGUUUGAGGGGUCACGAAUAUAGUCAAAUGCGCUAGGGAGAGAAUGUUUUAACUUCCUGAUUGGAAGAUAGCUCAAAUAAUCCGCUGAACAAUACGAAGCAUCUAUUGAAGACAGUGGUGCAAUGUCAUCACAAUUCUAGAGGUUCAAGUCCAUUAGCCAUCUCUUCCCGUCACCAAUUAUAUCAGCAUUGACAAGUAGGGUCUCAACUCCCUCGCCAGUCC